ACCUUCAGCCACGGCCGUAUAAAUAGCUGCGGGGGACGAGCAGCAGGCCCCUGGCAGCCAACAUGAAAGCUUUGGUGUCCGCAUGCUGCCUGCUGUCUUUCCUGGCUCUGUCAGCUGCAGAGCCCUCCGUCCAUGAUGAGGAGCCUCUGAUGCAUCUGCAGCUCCAGCAACCAGAGGGAGACCUUUUCUCUUGUGGAUGUGACUCAACGGACGCCAGCCAGACCUCCUCCAAUGACACACCGGCUCCCGAGAAGGCCGCAUGCCAGCCCUGCAAAGCCCCAGCAGCUGCUGAAGAAGAGCACGAGGAGGAAGGAGCACCUCCACUCGAAGAUGAGUCUUCUUCUGAGGUGGUUGUAAGUGAAGGAGAAGAGCAGGAGGAGGAUGAAGAGGGGGCAUCUGAGGAACAAGCUGAGGCAGAAGAUGAUUCAUUGGAGGAUCAAAGUGUAGAAGAUUCUGAGGAAGAGGAGGAGACUUUAGUUGGGUCUGAGGAAGAUGAGGAUAAACUUUUGGAAGGGGAGGGAGAAGACCUGGAGGAUUUACCUGCCAAAGAAGAAUCUGAAUCAGUUUCUAAUGAAGAAAUGAUGGAGUCAAAAGAUAAAGCGCUGCUAGAGGAACCAGGAGAGCAUGCCACUGUGGAGGUUGGAGAAAUUACAGAUGCUGAGGAGAAGGAGGAUGAAGAAACUAAAACUGAACCAGACACAGCUGAGCUUCCUGAACCAGAGCCUGAACCCAAAGAAACAGAACCGGAAGUGUUUUCAGAACCAGAGCUGACGCCUGGGCCUGACCCAGAACCAGAGGAAAAUGAACCUUCAGUGGAGGAAGUCCAACCAGAAUCUGUAGAACAUGUGGAAAUGGAAACGUCAGAGGAGAACCCUGAAGCUUCUGAUGAGGAACCUGGACAGUCUCAAGACAAAGAGACAAUCGGCUCAGGCCUGAGGGACCGCUCCCACAUCGAAGACAUGCUGCGGCUGGCGACUGCAGAGCCCUCAGCAGAGUACACUGGUGCAAUAAAGAAACUGCUGAACAUCUACCACACAGCCAUCAAACCCAUGGAGCAGGCCUUUAAGUACAACGAGCUCAGGCAGCAUGAAGUUACAGAUGGUGAGAUCACCUCUAAACCCAUGGUUCUGUUUCUGGGACCCUGGAGCGUUGGCAAGUCCUCCAUGAUCAACUACCUGCUCGGUCUCCAUGGAACCCAGCAGGAACUCUACACAGGCGCUGAACCCACCACAUCUGAAUACACGGUUACCAUGCACGGUGACAAGUUUCGAACCAUCGAGGGCAUCGUCAUGGCAGCAGACAGUUCUCGGCCCUUCUCUCCCCUGGAGAAGUUUGGUCAGGGUUUCCUGGAGAAACUGGUGGGCAUCGAAAUGUCCCACAAGCUGCUGGAGAGGGUCACCUUCGUCGACACGCCAGGCAUCAUUGAAAACCGCAAGCAGCAAGAGAGAGGUUACCCCUACAAUGAGGUGUGCCAGUGGUUCAUAGACCGAGCUGAUCUCAUUUUCCUGGUGUUCGACCCCACCAAGCUGGAUGUGGGAGGAGAGUUGGAGAUGCUCUUCGGGCAGAUGAAAGGCCGCGAGUCCCAGAUUCGCCUCAUCCUCAACAAGGCCGACAGCGUCUCCACCCAGGACCUGAUGAGGGUUUACGGGGCCCUGUUCUGGAGCAUGGCGCCACUGGUGAACGUCACAGAGCCCCCGCGGGUCUACGUCAGCUCCUUCUGGCCUCAGGAGUAUGCUGCAGACACCAGCCGAGAGCUCUUCAUGAAGGAGGAGAUCUCUCUGCUGGAGGACUUGAACCAGGUGAUCGAGAAUCAGAUAGAGAACAAAAUCGCCUUCAUCCGUCAGCAUGCCAUCCGCGUGCGCAUCCACGCCCUGCUAGUGGACCGGUACCUUCAGACCUACCACGACAAGCUGGGCUGGUUUGGUGACCCCCAUGAAAUUUUCCGAGACAUUGUGAAUGACCCAGACAAGUAUUACAUCUUCAAGUCCAUUCUGGCCAAAACCAACGUCAGCAAGUUCGACCUGCCCGACAAGGAGGCCUAUGAGGACUUCUUCGGAGUCAACCCAGUUUCUGGUUUCAAGCAGCUCUCGCAGCACUGCAGCUGGACCGGUGGCUGUCUGCUCGAGAAGAUAGAGAAGGCCAUCUCACACGAGCUUCCUGCUCUGCUCAGCAGCGUCAGCUCAGACACGCCCGUCCCCGUGAAGGUCACGCCAGCGCCCCCUCCACUGCUGCCAGGUACAUGCGAGGGCCCUGAGUGUGAAGAGAAACCUAAGAACCGCUGGAGGAGGCAGUGAGACGGAAGGGGUACGGGUACAGGAGGAGGAAAGGAGGAGCCAGAUGGCAGCCAGAGGGUUUCCUGAGAAAGCUCUCCACCGGUGUGGAUUUCAGAACUGGCUCCAGGCAGAAAGACAGAUUUAAUCAGUAGAAAAGUGGCACAAAAACAUGAAUGUGCUGAAUUUACCAAACGGACAGAACUUCUGAUACCUUCAUGUGAAUGCACAACUACCUAUCUGGAACACGUUUGAUGUCUAAAUAUGAAUUUGCAACUUGUUUAUUUUCUGUAACUCAUGAAAUCUGACAGUGAUCGUUUCCUGUAUGCUGCUGUUGAUUGUCCUUUAUUCCCUUCGUUACCAUUAACCAACCACCCUCUGGGAUGAAGGAAACUCUAUCACCAUUGGUCGAGUAAGAGUCGGUCUAAGAUGCUGUGACUCAUAAUGCCACGUCCCUAAAAGCAGAGCGGAUUCAUAUCAGUGCGUUCAAAUCAAGACAAUGGAGCUGGCUUUGUGUUAGAUUUCUAUAUUUUUACAUGUUAUUGGAUACGCCACAAUGAUCUACUACUGUUUUGACUAUCCAUCCGUUUUCCAUCUUUCAUCCAAGUCCGGGUCAGCAACAGGUCUGGGAGGGAAGCCCAGACAUUUCUCUCCAGCUCCUCGUGAGGGACCCCGGUUCCAGAGAGGAUAUGUAAACCUGUAGGAAAGUUCUGGGUCUGCCCUGAGGUUUCCUCACAGUGGGACGUGCCCCCAAACCUCCAGACAAGGGCUACCUGGAUCCCCUCAGGUGACCCGUUUUGAUGAGGAGGAGCAUUGGCUCUGCUUCAAGCUCUAGACAAAGCUUUCUUCAGCUGUUUGUAUCAGAGGUACUGUUUUCUUUCAGCCACAACUUAACUGCAGAAACAGAUUUCAGUUUAACAUUUUCUCUCAUUUAUAAGCAAACUGAAUAGAAUUGAAGCUAAACUGUUGCAGUGUCCCGCCUAAAACCAGCUCCUACUCGACAAAAUGGAAAAAUCGUCAGCUUUUAAAACUGCUCUUUGUCCGUUUUACAGCUCUGUUCAUCAACGUCUUGUUUUAUGCAAUAAAAACAAAAACAGACCAGUAAUCGUCUUUAAUUAGCAGUCUUUUCUAAAUCCAUGUUGCUUGGUCUAAAGCAGUGCCAACGUUUUGUAAACCUUCUAAAUGCUGGAUAAGAUUUGCUUUCAGCCUAAAAUAAGACAGAAUUAAGUGUUUGUGUACAAAAUCAGAGUGUUGUGUGAGUUCUAAAACAUGGCUGAAUGUGUAAAAAAGCUACAAGCCCCCAAAACUUCAAAAUAAAGACUUUUUCUUGACA